GCGACAACCGCGAAACUAUUCCACAAUCGCAAGCGCAGUGAUAAAACGGUAACAUGAGCGAACAACAGCUUCCUCUGGCGUCGGCCGAAGAUGCAUUGCCUACGGAUCUGUCCACUUUCAACGUCGCCGAUCUCAUCAAGACGCCGCACAAUGCGCGACUGCACAAGGAAGUGCAAAACCUCAAGAAGCUCAUCAACGAGCUCGUAGACUACCAGGUUGCGCAUCCAAAGAAUCCUAAGCCAGUGUCGCGUGAAGAUAUUGACAGGGAGAAGGAGGCGACGCGAGAAAUCGAGAGGAGGGAGAAGUACAUUCGCGCCCAGCUAUCCGUCAUCAAGACUCUGUACAGGCAGAGCAUCUUGAAAGUCCGCGAGGAAAAGGCCAAGACUUCGGAUGACAGGGCUGUCAACGAUGCGCUCAUCCUGGGCCUUCAUAACCUCAAGUACGAAGAGCAGUCGUUGCGAUCUGAGAUCUCCGCUGCAGAAAACUAUGAUCACAAGUACAUGAAGCUUCCCCUCAUCUCCGUCGAAGAGUUCCUCGAGCAGUUCCCCGAACACAAGGAGUCCAACGAGCACGAACUUAUGACGGCGCGCAUCGAACACGAACAUCAAGUCCGUCUCAAGCUAGAAGAGCGACGGCAGGAGAAGCUCAAGCAGAAGCAGAAGCUCAUUGCCGAAGUCAAGAAGGGCAAGGACGAUCUUACCAAGCUGGACACAAUGGUAGAAAAGUUCAUCGAGGCUGCAGAACCAAUCAAGAAAGUUCUGGCUGCAGAGUAAAUGAGCACUACUGGAAGCUUGGAGUCGUAUGGAAAGUUACUACUAGACGUAUGCUUAUCUUUGUUUAGGUAUGUCGAUGUAUUUGGCCAGCGAAACCGUGGGAGGGCUCGCUCGUUCGCGCCUCUGAUCAUUGAAGUACUGCUUUCGAAGUCGCCUUCUAGGCACAUAGACAUGCACAUCAAGUCCUCGUCAUUCUAGGCAAUGUGGAAGCAUGAGCAUAAAUGGAUGCCUAGAUUAAAACCAGUGGAUCCACAGGCAGACGAGUUAUGCUAUCGACUAAAGCUUAGGCUUCAUCUUUGAGUGAUAUGCGCUAUCAGCGCCUGAUGUGUUUACGAGGGACUUAUUUUGGAGGGUGCGCUCAACCUGCGGAAGGAAGAUGGAUAUAGCCGCACCCUACGGUUAGCAGAGGAGAGCCAUGGGGUUCAUCAAGGAUCGUGCUGGUUAUUCCAAGGCAGAUCAGGUGUGCAGAAGCACAGGCUCUAGGCGUCACGUCACGUAGCAGCUAGUAAUGCAAGUGCGGUAGCUAGCAAUGGUAGAACCUUCAACGUGAACACGAUGUCAAAUUCUCUAUAACGGCCGUUUCAAGAAUCUUAUGCUUUUAGAAAAAUAUUAACAAUGUUUGAGCGGAACUACAUGUCUUAGAAGUGAAAGUGGAGGCGUAACGCUUGUGCUGCCCUCGAGUCC